GAACGCCGCAUGACGAGGGCUUUGCAAUCUUGUGUGCUACAACAUCUGGUGAUGGUUUCUCCUUCCGGGACCUUUUUGAUCAGUUAUAUAAGCCUAGUUUCGAACAUGAUAGACCUGAUAGACCCCACCUCCAAAAAACGCUCGAACUCAAUCGACAGAAAGACAACGAGGCGUGAAGAAUGAAGUCGAUUUCGAUCUUACUGAUCGUUUGUGCCUUGGCUUGCUUUUCGGCUUAUAGCAAUGCUUUAGUGCUUCGUUCACUUUCUCGUGCACUUUCUUUCGAUGACCUCAAGCUAUCUAACACUGGAACUCGACUUCCUCGUCCUAGCACGCAGGCUUUCCCCGCUGGGCUUCCUCUCCGACCUCACAGUUCGUUGAACCGAGAUGAUGACGUCCCUCUUAUCCACCAUCCCCCACCUGCCCCCCAUAGCCAAUCUGGCGGGCUACAUGCGGGUAGGAAUUGGGGUGCUAGUUUAACCCCGGCGGGCGAUGAUGAAGGACGCACCUACGGUUAGAAUAGACCUUCGAUAUCUGCAACCCGUUCAGCUUUUCCGAUGACGUCUCAGCACUCCAUAUCUUGCCAAACAACCCCCCCCCCCCCCCUAGUAGCUAUCUAUCGAGUUCUCGUAGUCGUCGGUCUACGCUUUGUCCCUCCUUCAUAUUAUCUUCUAAUUGGCACUAAUAUUAUCCAUCCGCUCAGAAGUUAGCAUAGAUUAUUCUUUUUUUCCUGCCUUAAUUUAAAUCCGCUUGAUCGAUCCAAAAACCCAAGGACCUUCAUUCAUAACUAUUUUCUAUACGGCUGAAUAAAAUCAAACAUGUUUCUCGUUUAUCUUUU